CUUCCACCGGAGGCUACCAGUAAAGAACCACGUCAUCCAAACCAGCCUGCGUGUGGAUUCUUGACUGGACAGUCACGUGGUUUGCGAGCAAGCAGAGACUACAGACGGGUGUGCCUCAGUUUGAGCCUUUCCUUCCACUAUGCUCCCAUUCAAAGGAAAAAUUCAUCUGCAGAACCUCAGAAGUGAAGUGUCAAAGCGACUAGUGUGCCGCACCAGCGCUUUCUUCUUCACUCAGAUGGUCGACAUGUUUGCUUGCUCCCUUGUUGGAAGAAUAGUUUUCUUUACGUGUUUAUGCGGUUUGAUCACCAAGGGAGUGUCAGGAUGCCAACCGGUGUCUGUCGUCUGCGAAGACAUAAAGACUAAGGACGGCUUCAAGUACGACUAUGAUUGUAACUGUGGACCGGACACCAGAUGCACUAUAGAUGUAUUUAAUGAGAAGGAACUCCUCAUUGGGACCAUGACAUGCGGUCAACAGGGCUGCCAGCUGAAGGAAAACCCCUUGGUUGUCGUCGGAAUCUACCGUAACAACACUGUGCUCAAAACUUGCCUGGACAUAAAAGUCCAAUGCACGGACCACCACUGUUGGAACUUCACAGCUGAUUUUAAUGAUACUCUAUUAUUAGACGCUCACAGAGAAGUGGGAACCAAUCAUUCAUUCACACCUGGUGGUGUUCCACCAGAGAACAACACAAAGAUCUACUGGAUCAUCACAGCCAUUGUGGUGUUCGUGGUGUUCGUGGUGUUUGCGUUUGUGUUUUGGCUGUUGUACCGUUAUCGCAAAUUGAAAACGCCGAGUGAUGCAACAUGUUCUGACUAUCUGAGGACAAUUGUACAAAGAUGCUUCUCACGUUCCCCGGCUGAACACGACCAGAAUGGCGAGCUUGGAAUCCCGUUGUCCGACAGGAACGGGGGGACACACACGUCUGCUGUGAAUGGCGGAGCAGAGCCCACCAGCGUCGGUGUCUGCAGUGGUGCUGAUCAACCUCUGACUGCUCCUGAAGGGGUUUCUCUCCAAAAUGGUUCUGCUGCCGCAUAUUGACAUGGAGUCAACAUCUGCAGCAAGAACCAAAGCCAACAUGAGGAAAAAUAAACUAUAUUUAUAUUUUUAGAUAAAUAUUUAUAUUAUUAAAAAUAUUUAUACAUGUUAACAGUGUUGGGUUAGUUACUGAAAACCAGUAACUAGUUUUUUUCAAAAGUAACUUGGUUACUUACACCAAAAAGUAAUGCGUUAGGGCAAAAAGUAACUAUUUAGUUACUUUUUUAAAAGCUCCCAUUUUUUAUGCCCUUUUUAGCCUUCAUUUGAGUACUGUUACUGCGUUGUACAAUAAUACAAUCUGUUGAGCAACCUGACAUGCAUUUCAAUCACCGGACACACAAAGAUAUGUUUCAAAGGGCCAAUUUAUUUCAGGCCAGAACAAAUUGACAAAACUGUUUAAAAUAGCUGCAACAUAACAGACUAGGGAUGCACCGAAAUCAAAAUUUGUGGCCCAAGCCGAAGCCGAAUAAAAUUUAAAUGCUUGGCCGAAUACCGAAUAAUGAAUGCAGUUUUUCACAAUUUUUUUUUUAAAUUGCAUAAAAUACCCUAGAAAUAUGUUUAGACAUUUUUUUAUCGAAUAUUGACAUUUUUUUUAAUAUUCCAGUAGCCUUUGCUUUUAAAAAAAAUAGCACGUCUGACGUCAUCGCUAAAAGACCGAUAAACAUAAAGGCGUUUAAUUUGCCAAAAUUCACCCAUUUAAAGUUCGGAAAUCGGUUAAAAAAAUACAUGGUCUUUUUUCUGCAACAUCAAGGUAUAUAUUGACGCUUGCAUAGGUUUGGUGAUAAUGUUCCCCUUUAAAGACCAACACCACAUUUACAGCCUUCACAAUAAAAGUACUCAUGUCUGACCAAAUAGUAAAAGAUCUUUCACAAGCAUAUAUUUUUUUUUUGCACAUUAGCUGUGUUCUGUAAUUAUUUCAUUUAGGGAUGCACCGAAAUGAAAAUUUGUGGCCGAAGCCGAAGAAAAUUUAAACGCUUGGCCGAAUACCGAAUACAGUUUUUCAUAUUUUUUUAAAUAUUGCAUAAAUAGCCUAGAAUAAAUAUUUAGACAUGUUUUUCAAAUAAAGUAUUUUUUUAUUGAAUAUUGACAUUUUUUAAAUAUUCCAGUAGCCUUUGCUUUUCAAAAAAAGUACAAAGUUUUUCAUUUAUAUUAGGCCUUCAAACAAAACAUGCAUUCCAAAAAAAAAUAAAGUGCAUUAAAGUGGAUAAACCCACAACAAAUGAAUUAUUGUCCUUUUGGCAAAAGUCUGCUUAGCCACAGUAGAUAUGCUAAUAAUGUAAACAGAAGGCUCAAGUAAAUCUCAAUAAGUGUGUGCUUGUAACCUCAUACACUUAUACAGGUAGCCUACACAACAGGCUAAUAAUGUAAACAGAGGCCCCACUAAAUCUCAAUUAAGUGUGUGCUUGUAACCUCAUACACUUAUACAGGUACACAACAUAUCCCAACGUCACCGCACGUUGGUUGAUCGCGUCACCGCGUCCAAAAAUUGCGUCACACGCCACUACGGGGUCAUCCUAAUACCCCCCGCUUACGGGGGGGUACUAGGAUGACAGGGGAUGCAAAACAUUAACAGUACAAUACGUUUUCAUAACAUGGUCACUACUGCCUACUUUGUCUUGUUAUAUUCUUAUUUUACUGUUAUAUUGUUAUUCCCAUUGUUUUUAUUCUUUUUGUAAUAUUUCUCUAUUUUGUUUCCUUUUAAACCCCCAUUAUUUACUUUUUACUUUUUUUAAAUUGAUCUCAACUCUGUACACUGCUGCUGGAAUUUUAAUUUUCCUGAAGGAACUCUCCUGAAGGAAUCAAUAAAGUACUAUCUAUCUAUCACUAUUCGGCCUUGUUUUUAACUCAUUCCACCGAAGGCCGAAUGUGGCUUUUUUUUUGCCAUAUUCGGCCGAAUAUAUUCGGUUACCGAUUAAUCGGUGCAUCCCUAUAACAGACAUAAGUAAAAAAAAAAAAACGCAGAGUCUUCCAGCCCUUCUUUUGCAACCACUCUGAUGUUGAUUUGGAGGUAUGCUUGGGAUCCUUGUCCUGUUGGAAGGUCCAACGUCUCCCAAGCCUCAGCUUCCUCACUGACUUCAUGAUAUUUGCAGCUAAUAUAUCCUGCUAGGAAAUAGAAUUCAUAAUGCCUUGAAGGCGCUGGAGAUUCCCGGUACCUGAGGCAGAGAAACAGCCCCAGAGCAUGAUUGACCCCCCACCAUGCUUAACAGUAGGCGAGGUGUUCUUCUCUUUGUAAGCUUCAUUUUUUUUUCUCCUCCAGACAUAACGUUGAUUCAUAGGCCCAAAGAGUUCCACUUUUGUCUCAUCACUCCAUAGAACAGUUUCCCAAAACCUUUGGGGUUUGUCCAGAUGAUUUUUGGCAUGCUGGAGUCUAUUUUACUUGUGCCUGGUAGUCAGAAGUGGGUUGUGCCUGGGAGUUCUGGCACGGAGGCCUUCAUCUCGUAGUGCGCGCCCGAUUGUUAAAGCGUUAGUCCCAACACUGCAUAUUAAUAUAUUUAUAUAAACAAUAACAUAUUCUUUAUCAUAGAAAAAAAAUAUAUACUUUAUAUGGUUUGUGCAGCCCUUUGAGACACUAGUGAUUUAGGGCUAUAUAAGUAAACAUUGAUUGAUUGAUUGAUAUAGUCAGGUAAAUAUAUAUAUGCUGGGCCAUACCAAAAUGGUCCCUAACAUUCUCAGGAAAGGGGCUCGCCAAUAUGACUUCGGACCUCAGCUGCCAAAGCUCCUCGAUGAACAAAUAGAUGCGGUGGACGCAUUAUGCAGAAUUAGAGGAUAUUUUCCAAUGAGCAGACAUGCUUUAGAAAAGUAUGACUGAGGUGUUGAAUAACUUUGUGCCACAUAUCAUCUUCACCAGCUGAUCAACAAUCAGUUUGUAUUGUUGUUUUUUUAUUCGCACUGCGUAUUUUGAUUGUUCAUGAUUUUUUUCUAUGUCUUUUGGCUUUAAAAAAAAAAUGUGUUUUGGAUUUUAAAUUUAAAACAAAGCAACAAAAAAUGAGCUGAAGUAGUAUAACACAACACAUAUUAGUAAAAUAGCAUGCCGUAGUUCCUUGAAUUGCUGCCGGGUAUAUAGUAUGCGCCUGCCUAGAAUUUCCACAGGGUCAAACUCGUCACGUCACGAGUGACACUUCACCUGUCAUCAUUUUCAAAAUGGAGGAGGCUGACUUCAAUCAUUUGAAAUCGCAUAAAGGGAAGAAGAUUAAGAGCUAUUCAGUAGGAUUUAAGGUCCAAGCUAUUGAAUAUGCAAAAAAGAACAGUAAGCAGCUAUGUUUUAUUAAUAUACAGUUGUGAUCCAAAUUAUUCAACCCCUACACAAUUUUGGUGUUUUAGCAAGUUGGACAUUUAUUCCGUAUUUUCUUUAUAGUCAUAUCAAAUAAAGAUGUGUCAAAUAGACAAAUGCAACGUCAAUUGUAACCUUGUAUUUGACAAAAUAGCAAAAAAGGACAUUUUUCUUAAUAUCUCAUUGACAAAAUGAUUCCACCCCCUAGUUCCAUGCAUCUUUAGUACUUAGUAGAACAGCCUUUGGCAGUAAUGACAUCCUUCAAAGGUGAUACAUAAGCUUCUUGCAAGCAUCUACAGGUAUUUGAGCCCAUUCCUCUUGGGCAAAGGCCUCCAGUUCAUUCAUAUUCUUGGGCUUGUGUGCUGCAACUGCCUUUUUCAACUCCCACCACAGCUUUUCUAGAGGAUUUAGGUCUGGCCACUCCAGAGUCUUCCAGCCCUUCUUCUGCAACCACUCUGAUGUUGAUUUGGAGGUAUGCUUGGGAUCCUUGUCCUGUUGGAAGGUCCAACGUCUCCCAAGCCUCAGCUUCCUCACUGACUUCAUGACAUUUGCAGCUAAUAUAUCCUGCUAGGAAAUAGAAUUCAUAAUGCCUUGAAGGCGCUGGAGAUUCCCGGUACCUGAGGCGGAGAAACAGCCCCAGAGCAUGAUUGACCCCCCACCAUGCUUAACAGUAGGCAAGGUGUUUGUAAGCUUCAUUUUUUUCUCCUCCAGACAUAACGUUGAUUCAUGGGCCCCAAAAGUUCCACUUUAGAACAGUUUCCCAAAACCUUUGGGGUUUGUCCAGAUGAUUUUUGGCAUACUGGAGUCUAUUUUUUCCUUGUGCCUGGUAGUCAGAAGUGGGUUGUGCCUGGGAGUUCUGGCAUGGAGGCCUUCAUCUUAUAGUGCGCGCAUUGUUGUCUGGGACGAAACCUGCGUUCCCCCCUCUGCAAUGUCCUGUUGUAGUUCCUCAGCUGUUACCCGGGGGUUUUUCACCACUGUACACACACAGCAUCCUCUUUCCACCACGCUCAGGUAGUGUUUCCACUGUGCCUUUAGCUUUAAACUUGCCAAUUAUGCUCCCAACUGUGUCUCUUGGAAUGUGUAAUGUCUUUGCUAUUUUCUUAUAUCCAUAUCCUUACCUCCUCUCUUGACUUCUUUGACCACUCCCUGGACUUCACCAUGUUGCAAAUACACCAUUGACCAUCUACAAGAAACUGAGCAUCAGUCUUUUUCAAUCAGUUUAAUUGUUGCUCGUUAUGGUUCUAAUCACAUCUGCAGGUGUUUUCAACACCUGAUUGAAAAGACAUUUUUCAAAUUCUGUUCUUAAGAGUUAUGAUCUUCAAGGGGUUGAAUAAUUUUGUCAAUGAGAUAUUAAGAGAAAUGACACUGUUUGGUAUGUUACAAAAUAUAAUGUAAUUCAAGUUGCAUUUGUCUCUUUAAUGCAUCUUUAUCUGAUAUGACUAUAAACAAAAUACGGAAUAAAUGUCCAACUUGCUAAAACACCAACAUUGUGUGGGGCUUGAAUAAUUUUGAUCACAACUGUACCGUAGCUGCGUGUGUCAAAUAUGAAUCAUUAAAUGACUCCUGGUGGUAGAGGGCGCUAGUGAUCCUUCUUGCGACUACUCGGCUGCAGAAGAAGUGACAACAAGCAGCAAGAGUGUUUAUUUUUUUCUCUCGCUUGCACUUUUAACAUGGAGGAUUACAUAUCUAGAAUAAAACCGUUUUCUAAACUGGACUUUCAAUCGAAGCAGGAGGUAAUAAAGGAAGAUCUCCAUCGAGACAGAGAGACUUUUUAAACUGAAGAAAGAUAAGGAAGACUUCUAUAAACAAGUUAUCGAUGCUUUUGAUCAGAAGGAGCUGCGCAUGGACUUCAUUUAUAAGUAAAGGUAAGACCAUAAUAAUGUUUUUUUUAAUUAAAUGUGCUUUUCAUGAUGGCAUCCUUACAUCACACUCAAAUUUUUAAGCGCAGGCCUAAAUUUACCGCAUGCCUUUGAGAAGAGGUUUUAAAUUAAUUAGCGCCCCGGCUGCAAUUCAAGGAAAUACGGUAGUCGUGUUGCUCUGCUGUUUUAUUCUAAUUAGACAAAUUGGUCACACGUUCAUUCCUUUUGUAAUCAUUUGAUUCAAACAGCUUAUUUUGAUCGGUCAUGAUUUUUGUAAUGGUUUUUGGCUUUGAAAAAAAUGUAACAAAACGUGCUUGACUGGUACAAGAUAUUAUAUUACACAUCUUGCUAUGCUACUCUAUUCCAAUUACAGUAAUUUGCCGCACUUUACCGUUGUUUCUUUUCUUUUAUUAAAUCAUUUUGUGUUCAA